AAAAAGAAGCAGAAGCAAAAGAAGACCCGAAAGUCGCUGCGUUUGCGUAAGAGUGGUGUUUAUUUAGAAAACCAGGCCGUUUGUGGGCAGAAUUUCAUCGUGUAUUUGUUUGUGUUUGCUGUUUACGUUUAGGAUCGAGCGAUACGUUAAAAAACAGACAAGUGAUUAAACGCUUUUGCUGUAAUUUGACAUUUAUUUUAUAAAGACAUUGGUGUAGGUUGUGUUGUUGGUGUGACGAUGGAGGAGAGCACAGUGUGUGUGAAGACAGACAACACCGUGGCUGUGAGGAAACCAGAAGAGGAACCGUGCAAGACGAACAAAAAGAUCUUGGACGAGGAGAAAUAUGUCGAGAGUCUGGAGCAGAUCAUUCAGAGGGACUUCUUCCCAGAUGUCAGUAAACUGCAAGCACAGAAGGAUUACCUGGAGGCUGAAGAGAGCGGAGACCUACAGAGAAUGAGGGAGAUUGCCAUCAAAUAUGGUACAGCCAUGGCCAAAUACACCCCACGUACCUACGUCCCAUAUGUGACACCAUCGACAUUUGGGACUCCUGAUGGCCACGCCGCUUCUCCAGCCAUUUCACUUAGUAAAUCUCGGACAGGCAGAGACACGGAGCUCGAUGGCAGGAAAGAGAAGGAGCUGCCAUCUCUGGACUGUUUCCUGUCAAAGACCACGAGUGAGGAUAACGCAUCAUUCGAGCAGAUUAUGACUUUGGCACAAGAUAAGGAGAAGCUGAAGAACGCCUGGCUGUACGAGGCUGAGGCCGAGUUCAAACAGCGUCGAGAGGAAAAUCUGGCUCUGCCAUCAUCAGAGACUCAGGCUUUGGAGUGUGUGAAAGCUGGAGUAGAGACAUGGGAGUACACUGCCAAAAACGCCCUCAUGUACUACCCUGAAGGUGUGAAAGACGACACAAUGUUUAAGAAGCCGAGAGAAGUCCUGUACAAAAACACCCGCUUUGACGUGGACCCAUUCUGCAAAGCCCUCAACAAAUCACAGAUCCAACAGGCUGCUGCUCUCAAUGCACAGUUUAAAUUAGGAAAGGUAGGACCGGAUGGGAAAGAGCUACUGCCACACGAGUCUCCUAAAGUCAAUGGCUAUGGCUUCGAGGGAGCACCCUCACCUGCACCAGGCGUGUGUGAAUCUCCCUUAAUGACAUGGGGAGAGAUUGAGGACACACCAUUUAGGCUGGACGGCUCAGAAACUCCGCUCAUAGAGAGGAGCCAUGGCCCUGCAUUUAAGAUUCCCGAGCCAGGACGCAGAGAGAGGCUCGGGCUAAAAAUGGCCAAUGAAAUGGCAGCCAAAAACAGGGCGAAGAAACAGGAAGCUCUGCGUAAAGUCACAGAAAAUCUUGCCAGUUUAACCCCAAAAGGUUUGAGUCCUGCUGCUCUGUCUCCAGCUUUGCAGCGCCUCGUCAACCGGUCAUCCAGGAAGUACACCGAUAAAGCCCUACGUGCCAGCUAUACACCAUCACCCUCUCACAGAACAUCCGGCUCCAAAACACCUCUCACCCCCUCACAUUCUUUACACACCCCCACACCAGGCAAAACCCGCACACCCGCCUCACACGACCCUGCUUCCAUCACGGACAAUCUGCUACAGCUGCCAAAGAGGAGAAAGGCAGCCGACUUCUUCUGAGGGCAGCAUUAACAGCACAAAGGACGACGAUCCUACACAAACUGUCUCCUGCUUUGGAUUUCUGGCCUUUAUUUGCCGACUGAGAGACUCUCAGACUUUAAGUCUUGCUGACUACUUCAACACUUAAAGGCAUAAAGAUGACUAGAUUUUUUUUUUUGUACAGGUUAAUGAAAUGUUCCCUGUUUUGAAUGUUUUCAUGUUUUGUUCUGUUUUAACUGUUCUGUUUUACGGAGUGAAAAGAGAAAUAUAUUUUUGAAUAUUCAUGUUGGGCUCUUUUAUGGUCAAUGUAAUCUUUUUUCCCUGGAUCUUUUCAAACAUAAACAGAUUAUUUAUUGACAUACCAUUUUGGUGUAUACUGUAAAAUUCAUGGAUUUGUAUCGAAAAAAUUGGUCAAUGCAGUAAUUCAUGCUGAAAUUAAAGAUCUGAUGAUGCACUUAA